AUGUCCCAGAAAACCGGACAGGAUGUCGAUGCGACUUUCUUAACAACCGAUACAUCGUUCAUCGAUAACCCUCCCGCAACGGUUUCGUCCAAAGCUACACCGAAGAAACGAAUUGUUUCAUCCCGAGGGCGCGGUAGUAGUAGAGGUACUGCUAGUAGUCGGUAUGCUACAAGAGGAUCUGGAACAGCUAGGAGUCGGCCUAGUGGACUGCCGCGGGGCAGGGGCAAUCGUUGA